UGCACACCCCUACCCACAGCCUAAUGAGAUGCUCUAACCAGACAAGUUCAGCUGUGGGUUGGUUGGUAGGCAGGCUGUGUAACAGGAACCACAUGUGGGCUGCAGGCAGGGCUAAAUAGGGGCCCCUAGUCUCUCUCAGCCAGACUGGUGUGGGGUCAUCUGGAAACUACUACGUGGCAUGCCCUGCUGGCAGGCACUUCUAGCAACUUUCUAUUCCUCCUAGAUCCAGUAUAUCAGUUUUCCAACAAUCCCUGUGUAGCUCUGUAUCCCUGGACAUACCAAGCUGAUAAACUCUUCUGAAAAAGUCACCACCAACAGCAGUCCCACCAUGAUGUCCCUCCUGUACACAAUCCUGAUCAUACCAGCUUGUCUGGUGGUCAGCAUCUAUGGCCAGGGGUCAUAUUCUGGCCAGGGGAAACACUCUGGCCAAGGGAAACAGUCGGAGGAGGCUCCUGAGCAAGGCCAGUGUGUGAGGUGUUGCCCACAAGACAACCCCCCAGGGCCUCAGAUCAUCGCUCUUCCUCAACAAAUGACAUCAGAGAAGGGAGAUAAAGGUGACCCCGGCUGGCCCGGCCCUGUGGGUGUGAGGGGACCGGAGGGGACAGAGGGACCCCCUGGACUGGACGGAGCCAGAGGACCAAGAGGACCCCCCGCCCCGAACGCCACCAGACCUCAGGCUGCCUUCUCCGUGUUACGGGCAUCUCCUAUGUUUGGGGAUCACAAAUACCAAACCAUCACCUUUGAACACCAGUUUGUAAACAUAGACCAGCACUUUAACAAUGACACAGGCGUGUUUUACUGCAUGAUCUCUGGCAUCUACCAUUUCUCUUACACUAUACACACAUACAAUGGGUACGAAUCGUAUGUACACCUGAUGAAGAAUGAGGAGAAGCAGGUAAUGAACUUUAGCCAGUCUGGCAGCCGCAGCAUCAUGCAGACACAGUUUGCAAUGCUGCCGCUGGACAAAGGAGACCGUGUCUGGCUACGACUAGCUGGCAGGAAUACAACUGCCAUCUUUAGUGACAGCAAAGACUUCUACGUCACCUUUAACGGGUACCUGGCAGUGCCUCAGGACUAUGAACUCAGUAAUAUCAUACCACAGAAGACAGAACCUGACAAAGGCCAUGUACUUGAUUGAGAGCUAUUUGAAUACCAAAGCUACAGUUCUACCAUUGUACUGAGUGUGUACUUUGUGCUCUGUUGAGUGUACAGGUGUAAAAAAAAACAGUAGAAUACUGUAUAAUUAAACAAUCGUUUGAGUGUUGUGACCUCAGACUUAUUUUUUAAAAAGACUACUUGUCUUACUUCAACCUAUUGAAAGUUUAAUUACCAGAGAACCAGAACAGAAGACUGAUACACAUACAGCAUACUUAAGGUUCAAAAGUAUGAAAUUGUGUUGUUUUCACUGGCAUGGAAUAACAACAAUAAACAUUGGUUUGUAUAUGAAUGUAAAAUAAUGACUUUAUGUGUUGAAUAAAAGAUUUGAAACUGAA